UAGAAUAUAAACCUCAUGAGACCAAGGAUUUUAAUCUGUUUUGCUCAGUGCUGUAGCUUCAGAAUCUAAGAUGGCUGAUUCUGAUCCAGGGGAAAGAAACUAUGACAACAUGCUGAAAAUGCUAUCAGACCUGAAUAAAGACUUGGAAAAGCUAUUGGAAGAAAUGGAGAAAAUCUCAGUGCAGGCCACAUGGAUGGCCUACGACAUGGUUGUGAUGCGAACCAACCCCACGCUGGCCGAGUCCAUGCGCCGCCUGGAGGAUGCCUUCCUCAACUGUAAGGAAGAGAUGGAGAAGAACUGGCAGGAGCUUCUCAGUGAGACCAAGCGCAAGGAGUAGACCACUGUGCUGGGGGACAGAGCCUUUCCUGACUGGCAGAGGGACAGCCAAAUACACAACGUGUGUGCAGAGUAUUUGUUUGCCAUUAAACAUAUUUUCAAGCACAAUCUGAGGAACACUUUCUGUCCUACCAGUGGCAUAUCCAACCUUGUGAACAAAAUAUAGAAAUAUAAAAUGCA